AUGGUUCUUACAGGUUUUCCUGAUGAUUGUAAAAACUUUCACGAACUCGUAUGGAAUCAUCCAUGUGAGAAUAUAAUGAGAGAUGCCGGAGAACAACGACGAGCAAUUGAACAAACGUUUUCGUUGAUUCCACCCAGUGCUAUAGUCAAUGGCUCACAUAAGCGAACUACAAGAACUCCCCUUUCGGAUCAAAUACGGCAACUUAAAACGCAACUUAGUGGAGACCUUGGCACAAGGGAGGUUCUUGGGAGAGCAACUUGUGACUCAGCACUGAAUGAUGUAUGUUUGCGGCAUAUCUCCUGUCGACAACUGUGGAGCCUGUUUCGGGCAAGUUGUGGGGUCGACCAGGAUAACCGCUGUACAAUGGCUGACCGGGAGACUUGUUGGCAAUCUUUCGAGGGUCUAUCAUGGACCGGCUUGGGUAACUGCCAUUGCGAUUCUUCAAAUUCAGACUGUCAUUGGAUCCGUUUGCAUACGAACUACAACAAAUGUAUUCGUGAGUUUUUUUUGGAAAUUUCCAACUGUCUGUUAUUUGAUAUUGAAUAUUCCUCCACCAUCGUUUCACAGCAGGUACCCUUGUAG